UUGAGUACAGAUGCAAAUCAGAUCAGAAUACAGUGGAUCGGUAUGAAUCUUAACGUUGUUUUGACAUGAUUAAUUGCAUCUUAUUUUAUCUAGCCUAAGUGUGCCAUAUUCACACAGCUAUACACCAAUCAAAAGUAUUCGUGAAUCGUCACAUGUAGCGACUUUGUAUGUAAAUGUAAGCUUUUAUUUAUUUAUUUAUUUUAGAUUUUUUUAAAAUAAUUAUGCCCUUCAAAUUAUAGGUAAUAAAACUGGAGUUCCUGUGAGUUCUAUAUUCUACCGCAUAGGCUGUAGUGGGAGGAGCUGUGAUUGAAUUCCCUGUCUUGUGAUUGGCUGAAACAGGUGUUCUGAGGUUCCGUAGUCAAUGAUGACUGAAGUAUGCAUGCUUGUGUGUGCAUGUGUGUUGUGCUCCAAAACAAGACCAGUAUCUAAGCCACAUAAUGACUUCGGUUAACCAGAGAAGUGGUUUGGAAAUGUCUGUUAAGUUCUCUCUUUGCAGCAUCAGUUUUAUGUAUGCAAGUCUGAGAAAUUAAUGAAACGGGCUUAUCUUUUGUUCCUUUUGUGGCACAAACUGUCUUUCUCACUUUCUCCCCCUCAGUCCAACAGCCUGCAGCGACAGUAGCUAAAGAAGGAACUCUUUUGAGCGGCAGAGCGUCACCUCAUCCUCCGUCGGUCUCACGUCUUAUGAAAACUAACAUUUAGUGUCCACAGAGCUUUCUAGCCGGAGGUUUGCGUGCCUUUGCAUCCAUCUGACAGUAUUCACUGAGAGAAAUGUCUGCUGCCGGAGAUGUGCCUGCGUUCUUCCAGAACAUGGGAAGCUCCAGCCCCAACCAGCCACGCCAGAAAUUCUGUGGCAUGUUCUGCCCAGUGGAGGGUUCGGCGGAGAACAAGACACUGGACUUUGACUCGCUGUCCUCAGGGAAAGGUCGAGUGAUCGAGAGGCAGAAGGAUAUCUCCAAACCACGAAAGGUGGAGAUCAGGAGAAGUACCGGAAAAGAGAUUCUGCAGAACCUAAACGACGAGAGUGACCGUCUCUUGAUUAAAGGGGCGAAGAUUGUGAACGAUGAUCAGUCAUUCUGUGCCGACAUCUAUAUCGAAGAUGGCCUGAUCAAGCAGAUUGGGGAGAAUCUGAUAGUGCCCGGCGGGGUGAAAACCAUCGAUGCUCAUGGCCGUAUGGUGAUGCCGGGUGGCAUUGAUGUGCACACGCGCUUCCAGAUGCCUGACAGGGGCAUGACUGCUGCCGAUGACUUCUAUCAAGGCACCCGAGCUGCGCUAGCUGGAGGAACCACCAUGAUCAUUGAUCAUGUGGUUCCUGAACCCGGGACGAGUCUGAUGUCGGCCUUCAAUCAGUGGCGGGAAUGGGCGGACGGCAAAGCGUGCUGUGACUAUUCUCUUCACGUGGACAUCACCGAAUGGCACAAGGGUGUUCAAGAGGAGAUGGAGGCGCUCGUCAAAGAUCACGGCGUUAACUCUUUCCUCGUCUACCUGGCUUACAAAGAUGUUUUCCAGCUCACUGAUUCCCAGAUCUACGAAGUGUUCAGUGUCAUCCGGGACCUCGGGGCCAUCGCUCAGGUCCAUGCUGAGAACGGAGACAUCAUAGCCGAGGAGCAGCACAGGAUUUUGGAGUUGGGUAUCACUGGACCAGAGGGACAUGUCCUCAGUCGUCCAGAGGAGGUGGAGGCAGAGGCAGUGAACCGCUCUGUAACGGUGGCCAAUCAGACCAACUGCCCUCUUUACAUCACCAAAGUGAUGAGUAAGAGUGCCGCUGAUGUCAUCGCCCAGGCCAGGAAGAAAGGCACCGUUGUGUACGGUGAGCCAAUCACAGCGAGUCUUGGAACGGACGGCUCGCACUAUUGGAGCAAGAACUGGGCCAAGGCCGCCGCCUACAUCACGUCCCCACCCUUGAGUCCGGAUCCCACCACACCGGACUAUCUCAACUCACUGCUGUCAUGUGGGGAUCUGCAGGUAACAGGAAGCGCUCACUGCACCUUUAACACCGCCCAGAGAGCUGUGGGUAAAGACGACUUCACCCUCAUCCCUGAAGGAACCAACGGCACUGAAGAAAGGAUGUCCAUCAUCUGGGACAAAUGUGUGGUAACUGGAAAAAUGGACGAAAAUCAGUUUGUGGCCGUCACCAGCACCAAUGCCGCUAAGAUCUUCAACUUGUACCCGCGCAAGGGCCGCAUCGCCGUGGGCUCAGACGCCGAUCUGGUUCUGUGGGACCCUGAUGUCACGAAGAUCAUCUCAGCGAAGAGCCACAAUCUGGCAGUGGAGUAUAACAUCUUCGAGGGCACUGAGGUGCGUGGGGCGCCUCUGGUGGUCAUCAGCCAGGGAAAGAUCGUGCUGGAGGAUGGGAAUCUCCACACCACUGAGGGAUCCGGCCGCUACGUGACCCGCAAACCUUUCCCUGACUAUGUCUACAAGAGGAUAAAGGCUCGCAGCAGGCUUGCUGAACUGAGGGGCGUCCCACGGGGUCUCUACGACGGGCCGGUCUGUGAAGUUUCAGUGACGCCCAAAGCUGUGACCCCUGCUUCCUCUGCCAAAACCUCUCCUGCCAAGCAGCCCUCUCAACCGGUCCGCAACCUGCACCAGUCCGGCUUCAGCCUCUCCGGCGCUCAGGUUGAUGACAACAUCCCCCGCCGUAACACCCAGCGCAUUGUUGCGCCCCCUGGUGGCAGGGCCAACAUCACCAGCCUGGGCUAGACGCCGUCCUCCAGCCGACAGGAGAAUACGGGGUUGGGGGGGAGGGAUGUCUACUACGGAGGCGUUUGCGGAGAUCACCGUGUCACAUCAAGAACCCUCCACAGGGCCUAUGAUUAUCCGCUCCCUAGUCUCCCAACCCCUGAGCUCUCACCCGAUUCCCUUGUUUUUCUUUUCCCAACCUUGCACCACUUCCUAAAGGAGACAUCUAGAGAAAAAAAAAACACAACAACAAAGUAUUUGCCUCAUGUGAAGAGAGAAGGAAAAAAUGUAACAUCCACAUUUGAGCACUUCUGAUUGUAUGAUUUUUAUACUGUACUUUCUACCCACCACGAGUCAUGUUAUUAUUUUUGUAUUUAACUUUAUUUGCUUUUUGAAAUCAGAGGGAUCAAGUGCGUGUAUUAGAAAAGCUGUGUAUCAUUGUUACUUAUUAACAAGGCAAGGGUUAGAGUGCUGGCUUUCUUGUGUCUAUGUUUGUGGCUAAAAGUCUGUGAAGACUUUUAGAUCUACUACAUUAGGAAUGUUGUUAUUUUUGGGAAUCUUUUAUUACGUUUUUUACUCAAACAAUCAGUUUACAUCAGUAUGAACACCUGACCGUAUUCCGCCCGUGCCCUUUCCGUGGCAUUCAAUGCGAUACUUUCUGUACCAGUCAAUAAAAGAAAGCUUUUCCAGUGGUCGCUGAUUAAAAACCAUGUGUUGUUUCACAACCAGAGAUAUUUAAUUAACACUGUUAAUGUUACUGAAGAAGAAACCGCAUGUAAAAACAAGCAGCUUAGCAAUGUUGGAGAAAAUAAGAGAGGACCGCAAAUGGUUAUAGCUGGAAGCCUUCCCUGUUUUGGCCUCAAACCCUUUUUUUUUGCGCAAGCUGCUUUAAUAAGUAAAGGUUAAGAAGACGAUAAAGUCAAGUUUGUAUUUGGUUGUGUGAAAAAAAAAAAAAAGUGAGUUGUUUAGCCACUGUGAGGACUAUUAUUGACAACUUAGCAGGUGUUAUUUAUGGAAGCUUGUUUCCGUCACGGGAUAACAAAAUAAAAAGGUAACUGCGACUUUUUUCGUAAUUUUUCUCGCAAUUCAGAGUUUGUAUCUUACAAUUCUGUCUUUUUUCUCGCCAUUCUGAGAAUAAGAAUAAAGUUUCAAUUACUUUUUUUAUUCCAUUCAGGGAAAAAAAUGUAAGAUGUAAACUCAGAAUUUUUGGGGGAAAAUGUCAGAAAUGCGAUAUAUAAACUUGGAAUCGCAAGAAUUUUGAAUUUGUGUCAGAACUGGUGAAUAAAGUCUGAAUUGUGAGAUAAAAAGUCGCAAUUUCUUUUUAGCUUCCAUAGUUAGCUAAAGGAAAUGCGGUUACGUCACUUUUAAAGAACAACGUGAAUGUAACUCCAUGAAAUUAGCAGCAAUUUCCUACUGCACUAAAGCCCAAAGUAUACUUAAGUGUUAACGCAAACACUUGCUGAAUGUUUACAGCCGAACAUGUUGCCUUUCAAAUUAUUAUUUCAUUUCAUAGCGUGUGCAAACAUAGGCGCUCGACACAUGCGGAGUAGAAUUGAACUAAAAACUUGACAUGUUGCCACCUUGUGGACAAAGCAAUUAGUGCAAAAAAAUGUGUGCAUGUGUGAGCUGAGCUUAAAGAGUUACAUGUGAUUACAAAAAUCAGGCUCCAUGCAUACUAAGUAAACUUUGGGCUGAGAGUCAAACCCCCAGAUGGAUGUUUCUGUAAGUUUGGUUGCAGCGCAAAACAAAUGUGCCAUGCGAGUUGUGAGAUUUGAUGGUAUUGAGUGACUAUGCCGCUACUUUCUAUGUCAACAAAUGUGAUAUCGCAGACCUUAACGCUAACGUGUCUUCUUUGUAUCUUUAACUCCAAGCUGUGCCUGAGAUGUACUGAUCACGUUGAGUACUUCUACAAGAGCUUGUUAAUGUUUUUUGUUUGAAACAACUCAAAGGCUGUUGAAAGUAAAAUAGCCGGUUAACCGAUACAAAGGUGCCAGAUUUUUCUCUUUAACUCGUCAUAGUGCUUUUGAAAGGCUUUUUAAAGUAUGAGUUAUCACAGCAUCCAUUUUAGUGCCGUAGUUAAAUGCUACGUACUGUAAUAAUAUCAUAAAAAUAAAAGUUAAAAGUUAAAGGUGAUUUUCAACAACUGCACCUGUGGCAGCUCCAUCUUUUCAUGGUGUUAUUUUAUUUGAUCAAAGAAUGAAUGAGCGUUUUGUUGUUGUUUUGUUUGGUUUUCUUCCAAGUUGGUCUGGAAACCUAAAAAACAUGUCCUAAAAAAACAAAGGGCAGUGAAUUGAGCAGCUAGUACUAACAAUAGGUUAGCUAAGACAGCUAGCACAGUAUCAGUUUUCUUCUGUGUUUGACGCAUUUCCUUUUGAAACAAGACGUUUGGACAGGAUACACUGAAGGGAUCAUCUUUUUUGAAAGAACCAGGCUUUAGGUAUGUCAGUCAUUUAUUGUGAUUUGGUAUAAUAGCUACUAGUUGGUUGCUUGUGGUAUUGAGGGAGGGACACUGUCAUUCUAGAGAACAUUUGAUUGGACAAAAAUCAGCAUAGUCAUCAGUAUUUUUAAUUAUUUUGCUGUUAGGAGAAAGACAUUUGAAAUGUUUUAUCUGCUUAUGAGUACAUUAUAGUUAGUAGAUAUUGCCACAGAACUCUUAAAGUAAGGAUAAUCCACAUUUUGUGGAUGGUGCUAAAGCUUAUGUUCAGCUCAGACAAAGAAGGCAUAGUUGAAAGUAAAAAUUGUUAUAAAAAGGCAUUAACUGGUUUUAACGUGCCUUGCUUAAAUCUCACUAUGGAUUAGCAAUGUGGGACUUUUUUUGUAUAGGCUAGUAUGUUUUUCAUUUAGUAAACCCGUCCUCCAGCUGUUUUCUUUUCCCUCUUGCACAUCGGCAAAAUCUUGGCCGGUAUCAUUAUUCUCCAUUGCUUGCCUUUUCCUCUGUGACUCAACAGAGAAACACACACACACAAGCUCUGAUUCAUUCCAGCGCUGACAGAGUUUAAACUUAAAUGUUUAGUGCUGCUUGGUUGUUGUAUACUUAUUGUGUACUGGAACACUGUUGACUGUUCCAAACUGAGGAUAUGGUGCUCCUAAAUGGACUUGGUGUUGGGGGAAAAAACUGAGGUGGGGAUGUCAAUGCUUUAGAAUUUUUGCGUUCCCCAGAGAAACUUUGCAUUUGCUUGUAAAACGUUAGUAAUAGUAAAGUUUAGUCAAAUGUGGUUGGAGGAGAAACUAUAUUUCAACGCUUUCAAGUUCUCUCACAAUUUUCUUUUUUAUUAUUUAAUUUAAUUUUUUAAUUUUUUGCCUUCCCCAGAGAAACUAAAACAGGCAUUCUUCGGAGAAACUUUGCGUUCACUUUGUGUGUGUGUGUUCCCCAGAGAAACUUUGCGUUCACUCUUUUGCGUCAUUCUGAAAACAUCUGAGUUUACUUGCAAAACUUUAGUAAUGUUAAUGUCAAGUAAAAUGAGGUGGGAGGACAAUUAUAUAGGCCUAUUUUAAUACUUUUGGGUUCUCUUGCAAAAUUUUUGCGUUCCUCAGAGAAACUUCGCAAAACAUUGUUAAUAACUUGCGGUGGGAGGACAAACUAUAUUUCAAUGCUUCCGCAAACUAAAGUUCUAAAGUGAACGCAAACUUUUGCAUUCAUAAAAGCAGACUUCCUUUGUCACAGAAUAUGCUAUACGCUUGUGUAAGUCUGUAUGAAUGGGGUAAGAAAAAUCAUUUAAAUCAAAAUACAAGUUAUCAUAUCCUACAUACUUGUGCAUUUCUCUUGUUUUAAGAAUGUUUAGCCUACAUCUUUACAUCACUGAUUAAGAAAAUGACCAUUCUCCAAAUAAAGGUUAACAGGACACCACCCUGUACUCACUGAAAUGUCCCAUUUUAAAUUAUUUUUAAAACUUUAGGGUCGUUAAAAAAUCAUGAGUUAAGCGAAACUACAGCAACAGAAAAGUGAGUCUUUGUGCGUUGUCGGAAUGUGUAUCUCUCAAAUGUAGGAGGGUGAUGUGAGGUUAUAAUGAUUUAUUUGUCUGUUCGCAAGGACUGAUGUGUUAAUAAUGGCCGUUGCAGGCCCUGUAGAGUCUAUCACCUCAUGACUGUUAUGAUUGUUUUCUUUCUUCCUGUUUCUUGUUCACUUCUUGCUGACCUCAUUGCUUUUCCACUGUUACUAUGACGACUGUCCCUGCUAGACAACAGGAUCUGACUCUUUUAUUUGUCAUGGCAACACAUUACAUCGGAAGCAUGCCCUUAGCAACCCUUCUGGGUCUGGUGCUAUUAAAACAACAUUGAAUGGCUGGAUCAUUUCAACUUACAGUGUAACACAAACCAUAUACAGAACCCACCGUUAAAAAAAGACAGCCGCCAUCGUCCUUUCCCGCCUUUCUUGCAUGGUGGCAUAUUCUGAAUUGUAGGUUGAUGGUUUGAGAGAUAAUUUUCUUCUUUAUUGGUAUUUUUGUCUUUAAAAAAAAAAAAAAUUACUGAAAUGGAAAACAAUAAAAAAAAGUUAAGGUAAUACAUUUAAUUCAAGAUAAAUUCAGAGAAAACCAAUCUUACUCGUUUUUUUUUUUUUUUUUAACAUUUAAAUAUUGUUUAAUUUGUAUUUGUAUCCACAAUGUUGCUUCUCGUAUUUUAAAUUUAAUGAUUAGUUUAUUUUUCAUUGUAAAAAGCAAGUCAAAAAUAUGAAGUUAUUUUAUUUCAUUGAAGUUGGUGUGAAAAUAUGGCAUGAAUUGAGAACAGAAUUGUCCUAUGUGAGAUUUCCAUGUCUUUUCCUUUUCGAUCAUAUGAGCAUAUGCAACAGUUCAAAUGAAACAUGCCUUAAGCAUUUCCUCUGAUCCCAGAGCAGCUGUUGGCACUAACACUACACUACACACACACACACACACACUUUGCUAUGUACGCUUGAAUGUUCUUCUAUGCGUGGUAUGUAAUCUAUGUAAAAUGCAGAUGGGAACUGAAAGAUUGAUCAGUCUGAGACUGCCAUAAUUUAUAAUCCCAAACCCUCUCUUUCCCCACUCCAGAAGUGAACGUGUUGUGUGCUGGUGUUUAUUCUGUUGGCUGUGCUGUUUGAGGAUGUUUGCUUGCUCUUGAAAAUGUGUCAAAUCCCUUGGAUGGUGAUGUUACAAAAAAGGAAAAUUAAUAAAAGGAAGAAAAUAU